AUGCUCACGUCCAAGCUGCAGAGAAGUGGAGCCAGUGCCAGGGAGAGGAGAAAUCUUUUACCCUUGCUAUUCCCGCGUUUCCGGGCUUUCAUUUCAGAUUUGCAUGCCCCGCCCUUUCCCCCGGGAGGCGUGAUCACCUCGUUUGACUCCGUCCCCUGGCCGCCUCCGCUGUCAAGGGCCGGGGCUCCGUUGGGGGCGACUUCCUUGUUUGUGUCAAUCCAGCCAAAAGACAGAACCGAAAGAGACUGGGGGCGAAGGCAAGAUGGGUCUGUGGAAGAGACCUGUCGGCGGAGAGCGGUCCACGUUUUCCUGGAGAAAGACGAGGUCGCAAGGCCUCAUCACAAGAGGAGACCAGGCUGCGCUGGGUCUUUCGUUCGUCACCAGCCUCAUACCUGCUGGACGAGGGGCUCAUUCCCCUCUGCCAGGCUGGAGGCUGACCAUCAGAUACCGGUUGUAGGGAGGCGGCGCGUGGACGGCGAGGGGCCCGGCAGGGGUUCUCCCCAGCGCCUGCGCCUCCGGUGGCAUCUAUGCACGGACCGUGUCCUGUGCCGUGUAGGGAAAGCUUCCUCUCUGCUUGGGACGCGGAUUCCUCUCACCUCCUCCUCCUCGCCUGGCUAUUCCCGACGCAGGCUGGAGUGCAGUGCUACAGUCAUGGCUCAUUCACCAUACAUCAAGAUAAGUGCCAAGUGGGUCAAAGAUUUCAAAGUGAAAAAAAUGGAACGAUAAAAGUAUACAAGGGCCAGGCACGGUGGCUCACACCUGUAAUUCCAGAGCACUUUUGGAGGCCA